CUCCCCGUACUCAACAACAACAACCAACACAAACCCAAAGCAAACAAAAAUCCAACAACCCAAAACCAAAGCAAACACAAAACAUGGAGAAAGAGGAACCCCAAACUGAAACUGAAACCGAUACCGAAACUGCAGUGCCGUGCAAGCGAAACGCCCCUGCUCCCUUCGUCCUCACUCUCUCUCUACCUCUCCCUUAUAACCACACUCUCUCUCUAGCCCUCCCCUUCAAUGCCCACCAUCAACACCAGCCCCGAAACCCCCAUUCGAACCUGGACCCCGAUCAAACCAUGGCCGAAAUCACCGCCCACGACGAAGAAGCCCAACAGCAGCAGCGGCCCCUCCUCAAAGACAAACAAGUGUCUUCACCUGCACAGGGGGCUGCGCCUUCGAACCCGGUUCAGCGAGCCAUCGACCAGACCUUCAAGAGCACGGCCCACUUGGCCAAUCUUUUACCUACUGGCACGGUCCUGACCUUCCAGCUCUUGGCACCGGUGUUCACCGGCCCGGGCGAGUGCGACCAGAGUGCCCGUUUUCUGACCGCGGUGCUCGUAGUCGGCUGUGCAUUGUCAUGUUAUGUGCUCUGUUUCACCGAUAGCUUUCGAACAAGCAACGGGCGCAUAUGCUACGGCGUGGCCACAAAAAAUGGAUUAUGGGUCAUUGAUGGAACUGUGAGUGAGGCAUCUGAUGGUGGCAAGGAGUACAAGCUGAGGUUUGUCGAUUUUGUUCAUGCCUUCGGUUCGGUACUGGUGUUCAUGACGAUUGCACUGUUGAAUGAGGAUAUUGUAAGGUGCUUCUACCCGAGUCCCUCUAAGGAGAUGGCGGAGAUGUUGACGAGGGUGCCGGUGGGGAUCGGAGUGCUGUGCAGCAUGCUGUUUGUGGCUUUUCCCACCAAACGGCAUGGGAUCGGCUUCCCUCUCUCCUCCAACUAGAAGAGGCUCUCUCUCUCUCUCUCUCUCUCUUAGUUACGGGGUUUUCUCAUCUUUCUCUCUCAUCGUUUCCCUCUGAUCAUGGUUCUCUCUCUUUGAUCGUGGAGUUUUCUCUCUCAUUGUAGCGCAAAGCUCUUUUCCAUGAUGUGGGGAUUCUCUCUCUUUCAUGCGUUUUGGGAGGCCUUUCUCCCUCUCUCUCUCUCUCUCUUCAUUAAGGCCCCUGAACGGUAGCAAGGUGGGGUUUAUAUGAAUGGAUAUAGCCAUGUUAGAAGGCACUUAUUUCUUGGCCAAGUAACAGGAGAGGUUACGAAAAAUAUGCAUUUCUCUUAAUCGAGUGUAACUGUCAAUUCUUUUUAGCCGUGUUUGGUAACUGAAACAACAUGAGAACUGUUUUCUCUGUUA